CUUUACUAUUACACUCGUGGAGAUAUAAUGGAAAUUUCCGUCUAAAAUUUAUAUUUUAUAACUCUAGUAGACGUCAAUAAAUAAUAUAUAUCCAUUACUAUAAUAAUACAAAGAACUUUAUAUCACUUUAAAUCAUAAGAAGAGAAAAGAGAGGGAGAAUUCCAAAUCGAAUUUAUUGUUGGAAGUAAAUCAAUAACACAGAAUAAAGAAAAUAUAUCAAAAUAUUAACAGAUACGUUAAAUAUUUUAAAAGUAUUGGAAGUAUUCUCUUCGUGAUAUAAUUAUGGCACAUAAAGUUUAUAUUCCCGCUCGUUACGUAUUGGUAUUCUCUAUAUUUUGGAUGUAUACAAUAAUGCACUGCCAAAGAGCUGUGCUGAAAGUCGCUAUUUUAGCCAUGCUUAAUCAUUCAGCCAUCUCCAACACGUAUAAUACAACUUCAAAAAAAUGCCCAGCAAACUCUCAGCAAAAUUCUACAUCCAGUUACAAAGAGGGUUCUUAUGUAUGGACACAACCCACUCAAGGAAUAAUUCUGGGAAGUGAAUAUUACGGUUUCGUAUUUGCCGAACUCGUUGGAGGGACCAUUACUUUUUUAUUCGGUCCAAAAAAAAUUUUCAUAAUUUCUUCAUUACUCUCUUCAAUAUUAUGCAUUUUAACACCGUUUUGUGCAGAUGUCGGUGUUUCAGUGAUAUCAUUAUGUCAAGCUAUCUUCGGAUUUGGACAGGGUCUUGUAUUUUACGGAUCUUUUACACUGUUAGUAAGAUGGAGUCCAGAAAACGAAAAAUCCACAUUAUCAUCAGUUUCAUUAUCUGGUAUGCAAGUCGGUACGUUUGUUGGUUUAAUUACGACAGGAUAUAUCUGUGAACACAUUGGAUGGCCGUUUAGCUUCUACAUAUUUGGUGUAUGUGGGAUUGUCUUUUCUUUAUGUGUCACGUUUACAGUUUAUGACAGACCUGAAAAACAUCCUAGAAUAUCUGACAAAGAAUUGACGUUUCUUAACGAAUGCGUAACAAACGUCGCCUCAAGAGAAACGAAGUUGAAUAUUCCCUGGAAACAAAUUUUAACAUCCAGAGUAGUAUGGAUAUUAGCUCUGACGAAAAUUUGUGUUGGUUUCGGUUAUUAUACAAUAUUGACUAAGAUUCCAUCAUAUUUAGAGAUUAUUCUUCACUUUCCUAUCCAGCAGAAUGGAAUUGUGAGUGCAUUAGUUUAUUCAGUGGAUGCUAUAGCCAUAUUUAUUUCUGGUUUCAUUGCUGAUUUCAUAAAAGCUCGUAAAUAUUUAAGUAUAACUAAUAUCAGAAAACUUUGCGAGACAAUUGCUACGUGUGGUCCGGCAUUAGGCAUCUUAGCGAUUUCAUUUCUAGGCUGCGAGAGUACAAAUGUAAUUAUUUGUUUAAUGAUUGGAAUGGGAUGUUUUGGCUUUAAUGUUUCAGGAGAUGUUGCAAUAGCGCUUGAUUUAGCUCCAGAAUUUGCAGGUGUCAUUUUCGGAUUGACUAGUAGUUUAUAUAACGCUGCAGGUAUAUUCUCACCCUAUGUUGCUGGAGUUAUAUUAGAUAAAAACGAAGGAGACAUGAUUCAAUGGAGCUACGUGUUUUAUAUGGUCUCUUCGGCUUACAUUCUGGGUGGUGUAAUUUUUAUAUUUGGAGCUACUGCAAAAGUUCAACCUUGGGCUACCAUUAAUACAGACAAGAAACAAGACAACAAUUAAUCAUGAAUAUAAAUCGAAUUUUAUUUGGAACGAUAAAAAUUCUGCUUAUAGAAUAAUUAGAAGCCAAGACAUGUAAAAUUAGAUACUCUUUAACUUUGAUCAGAAAAAUAUCACAGUUGGCGGCUAUCGGUUUCCUUCGAAGGAUUCGCAUGUUUUCAUUGUUAAUUUUUCAAUGGCAAAAAAAAAAUUAAUAAAUCUGUUAUUCCCCGCUGUAGUUUAUAAAGUACAUACGUAUAUAUAUUAAUUUCCCAUAUGAAUCUUAAUUAAUUCAAAUAAUUCCUCUAUUUUUGCAGUUGUUUUGUGUUA